CUUCCAGGCGGAGAAGGCGGCGGUGCUGGGCGCGCUGGCGGAGAAGGCGCGGCUGACGCAGGAGAUGCUGAACCGCACGCCCGGCAUGCGCUGCAACCCCGUGCAGGGCGCCAUGUACGCCUUCCCCCGCAUCGAGAUCCCGGCGCGCGCCCUCGACGCCGCCAAGGAGAAGAAGCAGGCCCCGGACAUGUUCUUCUGCAUGCGGCUCCUGGAGGAGACCGGGAUCUGCGUGGUGCCGGGCAGCGGCUUCGGCCAGAAGGAGGGCACCUACCACUUCCGCAUGACCAUCCUGCCGCCCACGGAGAAGCUGAAGCUGCUCCUGGAGAAGCUCGGCCAAUUCUACACCAAAUUCGUCCAGGAGUUCUCCUGAUUUGCAUGGCCACGCCCCCUCAUUUGCAUAACACCGCCCUCCUCAUUUGCAUAGCCCCGCCUCCCCCCAAACAUCCCGCCAGGAAUUUUUGGGGUUUUUUUGGGAAUUUCGGGGCUGGAUCCCCCCAAUCCCAAAACGUUCCCGAAUAAAGGCGGCGACCAGAG